GCGUCGUCGUGCGAAGCGAAGAGCGGGCGGCGCGGCCGGCGGUUGCUGUGGAGGCGGCUUGGAGGCGGCGGCUGCUGUGACAGCGGCGGCGGCAGGCGACGGAGUGGGACGCGGCUCGGCGGCGGCCGCGGCGGCAGCGGAGCGGAGGCCCUACGGACUGCGCACGCAGAGUCCCGGCAGCCUGACCCGCCCGGCGCCCCGCUCCCCGCGCGGAGCCGCCGCGGGGCCUAGGCCGGCCCGACCCCGUGGAGGGGGGGUUCCCGAAGGAGGAAGAGGCCGGCGCGAUGUUCAAGAACACGUUCCAGAGCGGCUUCCUCUCCAUUCUCUAUAGCAUCGGAAGCAAACCCUUGCAGAUCUGGGACAAGAAGGUGCGGAAUGGCCACAUCAAAAGAAUCACGGAUAACGACAUCCAGUCCCUGGUGCUAGAGAUUGAAGGGACAAAUGUCAGCACUACGUAUAUCACAUGCCCUGCGGACCCAAAGAAGACGCUGGGCAUCAAACUUCCCUUCCUGGUCAUGAUCAUCAAAAACUUGAAGAAGUACUUCACUUUUGAAGUGCAGGUCCUCGAUGACAAGAACGUGCGUCGACGGUUCCGGGCCAGUAACUACCAGAGCACCACUCGUGUCAAGCCCUUCAUCUGCACCAUGCCCAUGCGGCUGGAUGACGGCUGGAACCAGAUCCAGUUCAAUCUGUCUGACUUCACCCGGAGGGCGUACGGCACAAACUACAUAGAGACCCUCAGGGUGCAGAUCCACGCGAACUGUCGCAUCCGGCGAGUUUACUUCUCAGACAGACUCUACUCAGAGGAUGAGCUGCCGGCUGAGUUCAAGCUCUAUCUCCCAGUUCAGAACAAGGCGAAGGUGAGCUAG